ACCGUGUUUCUUCGUAGAAAGUACGUGACAGUGAGGACGGCUAACUUUGUUCAAGGUCAACGUUAAAUGAAUGAAUGAAUGAACUUUAUCGAUGCAAUCGAAAACAAAACAGGGGUCUUUCAACGAUUAGUAUCAAAUUUUUGGUGUUUUGCGGCGUUUCCAUGGAAGCUUCCAGCUAGAUCACUCAGUGCAGAUUGAACAAGAUUAAAGGCACGGUUGAAAACUGAGCCGAAGUUUCUUGACGCAGAGAAAGAAGGAUGAGGCAUCGUUUUGCAGCUAACCUACAUUGAAGAGCUUUUAGUGGCGGACAAACGGAAAACAGUGAAUGACGAGCAAGACGAAGAUAACUCGAGUUUGCUUUUUAGGAAAAACUUGAAAUACUGUCUGGUUCGCACUCACCGCAUUUUGCUCGUGGACAUCUUUAAAGAACUUGCCAAAGAGCUCGUCAAGAGCACAAGGGCUGCAGCAGGACAAUCAGAUCACAAGUAGUCUAUUGCGAAGAAAACGAUUCCUCCCCCGUCGUCAAACUAUCAGACCAACCCGAUUUCUGGCAACAGCUCAUUGACGACUCAUAGUCAUUGCUGGAGCAUAUCACAAGCUUGGGUAAGACCUGCUGAAUCAUCAAGUAAAGCUAUCGACGUACCUUUGAAAGCGCAGCUAAUUUAUCAAGUUACAAUAUCUGAACGCAACUUGAAGUCUGGUAGCCUCAGGGGAGGUUUCUAACCAUAUCAUAUCUUGGCGGUGUUCACGAUGCAUGUUCCAACUCUUCGAUUGGUCCUAUGUCUAAUGGUUUGCUGCGAUUUAUGGCUUGCCAGCAGCCAAAAGCUCCAACUUGAUUCAAUCGAUCAAUCGGAAUUAGUGCGCAAAGCCCGUGAAAUUAGGCAACAUCGUCAAGUUCGCCAAACGCGUCAACCUCGUCAGGAACAAGAUAAAGAAACGAAAUGCAAAUUCAAAUUUGCCCUGCUGGAUUUUCCUCCUUACAUAAUGAACCAAAGUAUGAACAAAGGAUUUAUGUAUCAAACCCUAACAUGGUUUGUGGACAUGGCUUGCUUUGGUAGAGAAGCAAAAGACCCCAUAGCUUGCAAAAUGGUACCUGUAUUUGUUCAAAAUCAAGACGAGAUGGUGAAAUUGAUUAAAAAUGAGUCAGUUGAUUUUGGUUUUCCAAUUCUAUCGGAUGCAAAACAAAAACUUACGGGUCAAGACAGUGUGACACUCAUCCGGGCAUUUGUAUCAUCGGGGUGUUCAAUGAUUGUGAACUUAAAGCAGUGCGAAGCAGAGUCACGGGAACAGUUAUUGACUUCCAUUACGUCACAAUGGCCGAUAUUGGCUUGUAUCAUAUUGCUGUCAGGGAUAUCUGGAGUGAUCAUUUGGCUCUUGGAACACCGUUCAAACGCGGCUCAGUUUUCACCCUCGUUCACGAUAGGAUCACCAGAAGGCUUUUGGUGGGCAGUGGUAUCACUUACAACAGUAGGGUACGGUGAUAAGACGCCUAAAACCCUCUGUGGACGUGCAUUUGGUAUAAUGUGGAUCCUGAUAGGAGCAAUAAUGUUGUCGCUGUUCACCGCCUUAUUUACAAAUGCUAUGCAAGCUUCCCUGGAUGGUACGAGAUGUAGGGACAUUGGUGGCAAAAAGGUGGGUGUGUCCAACAAGAAUCCUGAAACGCAUAUAGUUGCUAAGGAGCUGGAUGCAGACUUUGUCCAGUUCAAAAACCUGGACGAAAUGCAAAAAAAUCUUAGCCGAGGAACAAUUGGAAGAGUAAUGGUGGAUCGCAAUACUGCCUUUCACUUUCUGGAUAAAUCUGGUUUAAAACGAAACAGGCAGAUCCGAAUGAUUCGUAACAUUGAUUAUCCAAUGGAAUAUUACCUGGCUCACGUGAGCCAUGACGUAAUGGGGUCACCGAAUGACACGAACAAUUUUGAUGACGAAGUAUUGAAUAGAAAAACUCAGCUUUCGGCUUGCGGGGAAAGCCUGAAAGAGUUAUCACCGGAUGUGGUUGCAGUUGCAAAAGACACUGCCAAAGAGCAACUUAUCCCUGCCGAAUUACAGACAGCGGAUUUGUCCGAUGAAAUGGAAGGGUUAUUCUCCACUGGCUCACAAAUGACCAAAUUUAUUUUAUUUGCCUUAUUGGGAAUAUUUGCCUUCCUAUUAGUCAUCGGCAAACUAUGGGAAGUCUACACCAACUGUAAGCCAACGGUACGCAAGAAGAGAAAAGGACUGAUUCCUAGCAGCAGGAAGAUGUCAAUGAUGCAAAACUUCUUAGAUUUGGAGGAACGUCUAAAAGACAUAACGUCUGAUCUACAAAAGUUAAAAGAGGAAUUUGAAGGUGCCACGAACGGUUUGUCUCCUGUGGGCAGUCCUGAAUACUCAAGACCAAAAGAACGCUCAUUUUUUAAUAAUAUGCUUGAUCUGAAUGGAAAGAGUAAAAAUACUGAAACAAUACUAUAACACAUAAAAAUUAUUUGUCAUAAGUAGACUCAGAUGGCAUUUUACUCUUCUGAGAUUUCCAU